CUGCACCCUCUUCCGCUACACAUCCGAGAGAAUAUAAUUUAAUAAUAUCCCUGUUUGCUGCAGUAUCCAGCUCGACUUGCUUGCGGCGACGGUGGUGGUAGACCUCAUAGUUGUAGGGGCGGCAUAUUUUGAGCAUGAUUGAAAAUCAAUUUAUCCCGGCCCGGCAACAGAAAUAUGGUAGCAGCAGAGAGAAAUGCUAAAUAUAAUGUAUUGAAAAAUAAUAAUAAGACAUUUAAUACGAUAUUCCAUUUAUUGAACUAUACAUAUAAAUAUAUAUAUGAGUGUGGUGAGACGGUACAUAUAAUAUAACAUUAAGGAAAUAUAUGAUCGAGGAGAUAUAUCUUUUAAGGAGUGCGUGAAUUGCCGGUCAUCAUCUGUUUCUCCACCUCGUACACAGCGGAUAAAACGAACGUGCAACUUUGCCAUAGCUUACCUGCACAAGAAUAUAAUCGUCAACGAAUAUGAUAGUAUCUUCAUUGCGCUUACACCGUAUUAUAUUAUGUACGAUUUUACUUCUAUCAAUGUCAUUAUAAUAUAUUACAGAAGAAUGCAAUAUUAGGUGCAAGCUUUAAAAUGGUUAACGAUAUAACGAGUGUUGAAUUAGAUUUGAUGUUAUGACCGCGCUACUUCACAGAGCCAAGAUAUACACUCGUAUUAUACUAACCUGUAUUGCAUGCAAAUAAUUUAUAAUUAUUAUUACAUUAAUUAUAUUUUGUCACCAAACAUCUACAAACAUGUUGAUUAUACUCUUAAGAAUCGUCGAAAUGCUUAUUCCAGUUGUGGUAGAGGUUUCUUUGAUGGGAUAUAGAAAUAAAACUAUUAAUGAUUACAUCAAAUUGUUACAACUACAGAGUCACGAGUCACAUUGGUUUUUCAAAAUUGUUUUUAUUCAAAUUACAAUAUAUGUUAGUUUAUUUUUCACCUUGAUGGUUAUGUGUGGAGUACUAAUAAAAGAACAGAUGCCAAAAAAAUUGAUACUUAUUGGGUCUUUUGUUCAAGUACUAUUAUGUUUAGUAUCUUCUUAUUUCUUAUUAAUACUUCAUAAAGAUAUGGGCAAAUUUCUAUUUAUACUUUGUUCUUCAGCAAUUGGAUUCAAUGGGCUACUGUUUACAAUCGAUGCAAUUAUUACGUUUCAACAAAUCAUGUUUUCACGCCCACACGCAUAAAAAAAAUAUACAUACAUAUUUAUACUACCUAGGUAUAUUAAGUUAUAGUUCUUAAGUAUUACUUUUUCAU